CUAGAGGGCAUGAGACCUUAUGAUGAAAUAUGGCUACUGUAGUCGAGUCAGUCGUUGAAGAUAACAAGGAUCAAGAAAAGCCUAUAGAUAGGGAAAAAACAUGUCCACUUUUACUGAGGGUAUUUAUCAGUACAGUGAGGCACCAUCCUUUGAGUGAAUAUUCUCGAGGGAAUGUUCCGGACAACGAACUUCAGAUUUACACCUGGAUGGAUGCUACAUUGAAAGAACUAACAAGUUUAGUCAAGGAGGUUAAUCCAGAUUCUCGAAGGAAAGGAACGUAUUUUGACUUUGCUCUCGUGUUUCAAGACAACCGGAGCAUGAGCUUCAGGAUGAGAAACAUCGGGAGCACCUGUUCCGGACAGAAGGGUGCAGAUGAUAAUAAGACACUUUCCAAAAGUCGAUUUCAAAUAGGAGACUAUAUGGACAUAGCAAUAUCUCCCCCUUCUCCACCCAGAGGCUCUUUUGGGUCCAGACGAGGCAGACAGCCUACGUAUUAAGAUAUUGUGUUGAGUUGAGCUACUUUGUGAAGAACAUUUACGUUCGAAUCGUCUUGUUCAAAAUGCCAUCAAAUCUUUGUGUAUUAUAGCACACAUAAAUUUUACACGUUUUCAUUUCCAGGUAUCACAAAUACUGAAGUUUUUUUUGUGGGCUUUUGUCUUUUUUUUUCUUUUUUCAGUUUUUAAAUGAAUUAAAAAUAAUAUUAUUUUACCAUA